AUGGUGCCCUCAAGCACGUGGACUAUCAAUCACAAGUACAUCUCGGGGCUCCAAGUAACAAUGAAACGGGCAACAACUGACGACAGUGGCACGUACGUUUGCCAGGGCUAUUUUACUUUCGGGAUGAAAACUAAAAUUGUCAACAUCACCCAGGAAGUUGUUAUAAAACGUACGUUGUUUGUUUUCAGUUUUAUUGCUUUUUUGUAAAUGGAGGGUUUCAAAGCAAGGCGCUGCAGUGAGAGGUUGCAUUUAAAGGGGGUAAGCGUAAAAGUAAAAUUUACAACAGGGAAGGGGCCGUCAACAAACUAGGGUGUAGAGGGUUGGAAAAUUUUUGACAAUAGCUGAUAAUGGGGAGGGAGCCAAAAUAUAUUGAAUUCAGCAUUUUUAUUUCAUACAUACAUAUAAAAUAAAGAUAAAAUAUUAAAUAGCCCAAGUUAAUUUCUAGUAAUAUAUUUGUAUCAGGGGAUUAAUACCCCCAACGCCACCCUCAUUGUUAACCAACUCCAGUGAUCUCUAAUGGGCUUUCAUCAGCCACAGAAUUUUUAGUUUACCCCAUUAAGGGUAAUUUACCCCUAUUCAUUGACCUCUAUUACUAAACUGUGGUACAAAAAUGUCACAUUAAGAAAUGGCGUCAGCGGGCCGUCGAGCUAAUGCUCCAUAUGCCCUCCCCAAACACCUCCCAGGCCCAGUAUCGGGCCACUAAGCUACACGUUUGAGAUGUCCCUUUGCCAGGACAGCCCCCACGUGAGUCCGCUCGAUCGUGUUCCGAUGGGGGCCGCCACAACCCAAAGACACCCGGUCGGACCGACCCUGUGUUUGCACACAAUGAAGACGAUCGACUUUCUCAGGAGUCGACAUGGUAAAUUUACGUCCUAAUAUCUUCCCCAACCCAUCCGGGGAAGCGUUGGACGCCUUUUAAGAGGGUUUCUACAGUGGAUUUCCACCACGCAACUAGUUUGCGAAGUAGCUGGGACGAAACGGUUGCCUUGGACUUGGAGCAGCUUCUCAGGGCUGCAUAGUAAGAAUCAUCGGCUAGAGGUUACCAUCUUCGCCUCUAGCUUCAUAUCCAUUAACGGCAGCUUGUAAUCAAGGUAUUCAAAUAGAAGAGUUGCUUCGUCAGCCCUACAGACCGAAACUGUUUCAACUGCCAGUUACAUCUUGUAAAUAUCAAAUCAUUCAACUGAUCAUUCAAUCAUUCAUAUUUAUCAGAAUAUAAUAACAAGCUAAACUUGAUGUGCGGAGCAAAUUGCAAAUUAUUUUUAAUAACCAAUAACACGUUUAAAACCGGAUUAUAAAAACCGUUGAUUGGUUAACCCCGAACAUCACCCCCCUCCCCCCCACCCCCCCACCCCCCCCACCCCCAAAAAAAAAUAAAAUAAAAUUCCAACAAAAAAUAAUUAAUACAAAACUUUACCAUUCUAGAUUUCGAACGGACUUUGAGCAUCGUGUCAGAGUAAUGGCCUUCUUUGGAUCCGUCUUUGAGGAAUAAAAUUAGGAUAAUUUAAGCGCUUAAUAGUUAGUCUAGACAAUAAUAACGUCAGCCGCUUCCACGAUAAAUUUAUCAGUUGCUCUGCGCUGUUGAGAAGGAGAAAUAUUUAUUUUCAAGUUAAGAUGAAAAAAAUUAUUACUAUUAGCAAUCAAUGUAAAGUAAUAUUUAGAACUCAUCGAAUCCACAUUAUAUAAAUUUAACUACAUUAAUAUAUUCUUACUGUUAAAAAUAUAGAAUUUAUUUUAGAUAUAAUUAAAAAAAUGUAAUGAUUUGUUAGUCCCGAGCCAUUUCUUAACCUUACGCAUUCCAAAAAGAUGCGCUUUUUCAUUUAUUGGUAUCCAAAUUAUUUGUAACAAACGCAGGGGGGGGGGGGUUGCAAUUUUGUAUAUUAAUUAUGUUAAUAAUUUUGUGGAGUCCUUGAAAGUUGAACAGUUAAACUGCCAACCCGAGCCAUUUCUUAACCUUACGCAUUCCAAAAAGAUGCGCUUUUUCAUUUAUUGGUAUCCAAAUUAUUUGUAACAAACGCAGGGGGGGGGGGUUGCAAUUUUGUAUAUUAAUUAUGUUAAUAAUUCUGUGGAGUCCUUGAAAGUUGAACAGUUAAACUGCCAGACUGCCGAAUUGAACAGGGAACUAAACUUAUGAACAUUGUGUAUUAUUUCGCGGCCUCGUGUCGCACACAUUUGACUUCAGGAGACUUUGUACAAUGUGUUGAUAUUUUAGUUGACGACAAAAUCUAGUUCAUUUAUACGAAAUUGGUGUAAGAGUUUGACAGUUGUUGUCGAGUGGCGGUUCAAUAAAUUAACUUAAAAUUGUUGAAAUAAAUAAUCGACUGCCCGGGAGUAAAUUACUCUUAAGCUAUAUGUUAUUUGCUCAUUUUAUCUUUUCAAUUCUUUAUUAAUAUUUUUGUUUAGGUAAAAAGUUACCAAUUGGUUUUCUAAGCUUUACAACCUAUGUGAUUUAUUCAUUUUUGUUAGAGUUGUUAUUCCCCUAUUUCCAAUUCAAAAAAUGAAG